UGGAAUUAAUAAGCUCUACGAUCGCUGGGAGCACUUCGUGGUAAACUUUCGUGACUAUGUUCAAAUCAGUAACGUGAAAGAUGAUCAUUCAUUGUAUUUGAUCGCCUUGUUAGACAAACCUUCUAUCUCCCAGGAUACGCGUGAUUACAUCUUAUGUACUAUUUUUCAUGCAGUCAUCAAACCUUCAAGAACAUCAUCUAGAAAGCUACCAACGAUUAUGCAAGCACAACUCGACGUCUGCUACAUUUUCGAAUCUGAUAAGGAGUUCAAGGAAAACUUGAGUGAUGCUGAUUACGUGCUGAUUACGAAUCAAAAGCCAUAUCACUACCUCCAAGAAUUUGUGCAGUAGGUAGACCACAGGAAUUGGAAUCGUUUUAUGUCGUCACACAGAAACUGCAAUAUAAGCUUCCAACAUUCUUACGUUGCUUGGACUUGGUUGUAAAGCUUACAUUUGCUCUUAAUUUCAACUUUCCCGAGAGCUGUGAAUUGUUCUGGUGUUUUAUCAGUCGGCAUUUCUACGGCAUCGAUUACACAAGGAAAUCAAAAAAUUCUCAACUGCUACAACUUACGGCCUUUUUAAGAGCGCGUGAAACAUGAAUUGUUUCCUCUGCGAUAAUGUUUCAGCUACUUUCGAUCAGUACAUUCAUCACGUUACUGUAAUACAUGGAACACCGACAAUAUUCAAAUAUCUAUGCGUGAGUUGUGAGCCUAGAAUGUUUUUUUCAAAUCGCUAUCGAUUCAAACGACAUAUUAUCACUAAACAUGCGUAUAUGUUUGUGACUUCAAUGGAACAUGAUGAUUCGAGCCAAACCAAUUUUCAUGAAGAACUUUUUGUAGAAGAGAAUAAUAACAUUGAAAGCACAUUCGACGAACGAACGCAUAGCAGAGAAUAUGUAGAAGAUGAAACAAGUGGUAGGGAAAAUGUAGAAGAAGAAACAUGGAGUAGAGCUAAAGUAGAAGGAGAAAUACUGAAGUUACGUAACAACCUAAGGAAUCUUUCUUUAAUUUUACUUUAAAUUUAUACAGUAAGAAAAAUUUUACGCGCAAAGACGUCGUCAAUUUACAAAAUAGCAUAACACAGGAUAUAAUUAACCCUAUUUGUGAUGUAAUUAAAACAGUAGCCUGUCCCCAAGCGGCUGAAAAAUAUGAAGAAUUAUUUAAUGAUAUUAGGAACCCUUUUCAGUUCAUCGACACAGAGCAGAAAUUUAAAAGUAAUCUUCAUACACUUAACCUAACAGAUGAACUCCACGUAGUUAGUUAUGAAUAUCAAAACUCUAACCGUAUAUCUAAAAGUUGCCUUAUGCCGAUUAAACAUCAAAUAGCAUCAUUUUUUGAAAGUGACAAUGUGUACGAUGAAACAACUAAAAAUAUGCAAAAUUUAGAAAAAAAUGAAAACAUUAACAACGUUGUUAAUGGGAGUUUGUGAAAAUCAGUCAAAGAGGAAUUCAAAGGGCGAACUGUAAUACCCUAUUUUCUUUUUUCGGACGAGGUCGAAUUGAAUGACGCAAUUGGUGCGCACUCUGGAACACACAAAGUUUGUGGAAUAUAUUAUUCGUUUCCAACAAUUCCAUCGUUCUACAUAUCGAGGCUAAGGAAUAUUUUUGCAGCAGGUUUCAUCAAAGCAUCUGAUUUAAGUCAUCUUGGUCCAGCCAAGCCUUUAGAGGAAUUAGUGUCAAUUCUAGUAGAUAUAGAACAAAACGGGUUACUUAUGAACAUAAAAGGGGUCGAGCGAAAAGUUUACUUUGUACUGUUAGGACUCCUAAGUGAUAACUUGAGCAUAAAUACUUUUAUGGGCUAUGCAACCUCAUUUAGCUCUAUGUAUUACUGCCGAUUUUGUAAGCUGGACAAAAAAGCAGCGCAAACUCAAAUUCAACUGCAUCGGGAAUUAAAUCGAACAAAAAGUAACUACGAAGAAGAUUUAAAUAAACCUUUUAAAGAAACAGGAAUCAAAGAAAAUUCUGAAUCUAAUAGACUAAAAUAUUACCAUGCUGAAGAAUCGUGUGUGGUUGACGUUAUGCACGAUUUAUUCUCGCAUGGUAUCUGCGCCUACGAUUUCGCCGCAGUUUUAAACUACAUGAUAAAAACAUUGAAAAUUUCCUUACAUACCAUAAACUAUCGCAUAAAAAAGUUUAAAUAUGGUGAAAGUGAGAAACAACAUUCGUUAAAAAAAAAUAAAAAAAAUCACAUAAGAACAGCUUCUUUCAAAAUGACUGCUAAAGACAUGUUGCGAUUUGUAAGAUAUUUUCCAUUAAUUUUUGGAGAUCUAGUGCCGCAAAAUAACGAAGUUUGGAAUUUCGUGUUAUCAUUGGUCGAAUUAGUUGAUUUAGUUAUGCUUCCUAGUUUCAACGAACAUCUAUUGAAGAUACUAGAAGAACAGAUUAUAUACCAUCACACAUUAUACACACAGUUAUUUAAUGAGAAGUUGAAGCCAAAAUAUCAUAUACUACUCCACUAUGUACAAACCAUCAGAAAACUAGGCCCACCUCGUUAUACAUGGAGUUUCCGCUUCGAAGCAUUUCACCAGAUAUUCAAAAAGUAUUGCAGAAACAUCACCUCUAGACGAAAUAUUUGUUUAACACUGUGUACAAAGGCUAGUCUAAUUUUCUCCAAUAACCUAAACAAUGCUAAUUUUUUUGGAAUCGACCUUACAUAUAAGAAUGCAGUCACAGUCAAACUUAUAAACAUGCCGUACUUUGCACUCCUAGAUAUUGACAGUAAUAUUCAUUUACAUAAUUUUCAAGCUUCUAAUAAUGUGUCAUACAAAGGCGUUGAAUACAAAAUAGGAUAUUUUCUGUCAAAAUCGAGUCGUCGGUUGAGCAACAUAGAACUAUAUGAAAUAAGGGACAUCCUAAUCAAAAAUGAUGAUCUGUACUUUGUGUGUCGUAAAUGGCGAAUAUCAAACUACUCAGAACAUUAUGCUGCAUUCGAAGUUACAGGUCCAUGUGAUAUGUAUAAAAUUGCUGAGGUUAAUGAAUUCGAUGGGCCUCCGAUUCAUUUGUAUUCCAUAGAAAAUAAGCUAUACAUAAGACUGAAGAAAUAUUUCAUUUGAACCAAAUUUGUGAU